AGGAAAGUGGUCGUCGCGUCGCCUGUGUUCAUAAUGUGUUUAGUUGAUAACCGUAAGCCGCGCGCGCCGCCUGUGCCUGGCGCCCACGCAUACUCGUAGCACGCCGCGCCUUAUCAGUCGACAACACAACACCAUUAACGUGCCGGCCGGGUACACUCGAAUGCUCAUAAUCAUUAAUGCAGGUUCAGUUAAAAGGCUUCUAUAGUGUCACUGAAGAUACAAGGAUUGAUUCACAGGAGAGAACGAUCGACACAUUUCCAGUGUCUGCUAGCAAUUAUUUCAAGAUAGCGCAACUAACAGAGCUACGAUGGCAAACGAACCGUCAAAAAACUCAAGAGGGCAACAACAUCGCAAUACACGUCAUUCCACCCGAUGGCGAAGAAGACGACGAGUUCGUGCCGCCGCUGCGCGCGCGCACCCGGAGGAAGAUGAGCACCCCGCUGAGCGCGCUGCCCGGCGUUGCCGACCGGCUGAUCGGCAUGCCUAAUGCUCAGCGCAGUACGCCAUCUCGGUCUCUCUCGCCGCUGGACCGCACGAAGCGCCGCUUCAGCACCAUGGUGUCGUCGGCGGCGGCCGCGGCCGUGUCGCGGCGACUGUCUGCGACCAUCGGCUGGUGUCUCGCGACGCCAACGCACGUCAAGCCUCACAUUGUGCGACAGGGUCGCGCGCUGUGUUUACAGUAUAUUAAGUCGCAGAUUAGGAGGUCGUCCAUGUGUGCUAAUAAGCAAAUCGUAAUGAAGCGCCUGCAACGAAUGCUCGAGACUGAAUGUGGAGAAGAGGCGAAUUGUAACGCGGAGACCGGCGUGCUCGCGGGUCUGCGAGCGCUGUGCGCCGCUCUUGAGCGCAAGAGACCAGACGCCUUCCGACAUGUCGCGCGGCAGGCCACACGAGCUCCAUGUGCCAUGCUGCGCUCUGAUACAGCUUUAGCGGAAUUGGCUUUGGCACUUGCACGCAGGAUUACGAGAGAUAACAUUACAUGGUCGAAGAUAGCAGCAGUAUUUUGUAUUUGCGGGUCACUAUCCCGAGAGGCAGCUGAGGCAGCAGAUGGUGAACCAGCUUUAGAAUUAGUCGCAGCGCCGGCCGCGGCGGUCGCAGACCUUCUACACGAGGAGACAGGAUCCUGGAUAGCAGCUAACGGUGGAUGGAACGGCCUGGUGGAGCGACUGCGAGCCAGCGAGCGUGACCAGCGGUCCGAGAAGGCACUGCGAGUCAUGGUCUCCUUUUUCGCCAUGGUAUUUGUAAUCCUACUGCUGCUGAGAUGGGUGCUACAUGGUCACACCUCGUAGUACGAUUAAUAACCAAAAUAUUUCCGAAAUUGUCUCUUGUAACUUUCUACGUUCAAUUACAAUUAGUGCCUAAAGGCCAAUUAUUGAUGUUACAGAAUGAGAAACAAUACCGAGCCGAGCUUGUACAAUAGCGAUUUAGAGAAAUGGAUCCACAUUAUGUCGAGUUAUGGAUUAUGAAAUAUAAUAAAUAAUAACAUUCAGCGUCUAAGUACGUAUUUCUCGAGACACACAAUAGUAUUGUAAUGGAUAGGCUAAUUAGUAUUAUAAAACAUAAUUUAUUUCUGUUAUACAU